AAAAACUAGGCUCUGAAACUGCAGGCCUGCAGAUGGAUACUACCAAGUCCGCGAGGAGCAGCGUGUGCUUACCAAAAUGGUCAUUACCUGUGCUUGUCCUGGAUGCGACAAUCGCUAUAAAACGUUAAGGUUACGUUCGGAGUCAAGAUUCCACCCUGGUAAAUUAACUUUCCACAAAUUUCCGACGUCUGACCAAGAGCGGCUGAAGUUAUGGUUACUCGCACUUGGUCUGGAUAUCAACACUCCACUAAGUGUACUUGAGACGAGGAGAAUCUGUAGCGAUCACUUCUCCCCGUUUGAUUUCAAAGACACCAAAGGAAGUAUAGUUCAACUGAAAGCAUGGGCAGUGCCUAUGAAUUUAUCGGAGCAAUUUGUGGAGACUGAGAUUGACCCAGACACCCAAUCAGUUGAUGACAGCUUUGAUUUUGAAAAUGAAGAGGCCUAUUUUGAUGAUGAUGAUGAGGAUGAUUUUCAGACAACUUUAGUAAGGCAAAAGAAUCCCAGAUCGUGCCCUGGUGAACGUCUUCAGUCCAGACUCAUUUUAACCGUUACAAAUCCAUCUACCGAACCAUCUACACCUCCAUCUGUAUUUGGCACCUAUUAUGCUCUUUCUCCCACGUGGUACUACCAAAUGGAUGAUCCUUCAAAGGUUGGGCUACACAUGGAAGAACCGUUCAGAAACGUCAACAUGGAUUUUGUUGCUAAUAAAGAAGCUGGUGGCUUUUUGACCAAUGAGCUUUCUAAAGGACUCCAUGUGUGUCGGAGAAGCAGACCAGAAAAGACGAACCCAUCAAGCCAGGAUAGAGGAUUUAAAAGGAGUGUACUGGAAUCGCCAGAGGAUGCCACGGAUUCAGAGAACGAGGACAAAGAGAUCAACACAGAAGAAAAUGCACAGUGUUCAGAAGAGCUUGUGAUCACUAAAGUCGAGGACCUCUCAAAUGAGAGUGAAUUUGAUCAGAAUGAGAAUUACAGUGGGAAAAUGGACACGGAUGAACCAGAAGAUUCAGAAGCACUGAGGGCCAAAGGCCUUAAAAGCAGACCUUCACAUUCAUCUGCCGUCACGCAAACACAGGCUGCUGAUAAAGAUUUGCAGCAUUCGACCCCUCUGACGUUUUACCUCCCAUCUGAAGAUGGGGUAGACUGUGUAAUUAAAGGGAUAGACAUGAGGCUUGGAUCGUAUCAUCAGGUGUCUGGUGUAAAUAAUGCAUCCACUGGAGCACAAACGGAGUCCAUUCAGAAUUUCAAGCGACUUGGCGUUCUGUGCACAGCCUGUAAUAAGGUGUUGCUGAAGGGACAAACGGCGUUCCAGCGCAGUGGCUCUGCUAAAAUUUACUGCUCGCUUGAAUGUCUCCGGAGCACCAAGAAUAAAGCAUGUCACCACUGUCUCAAAGAGAUUCAUGAAGACAGCAGCAUUAUAGUUGCCCCAGUGGACAUGUCAGGGGCUGGGAAGGAGUUUUGCAGUCAGAAAUGCCGCAACGCUUUAACUUUCAAGUGCAGUGUGUGUCAGAAGGCAGGAAUAAGACACGUUCAUGAGGUGAACUUCAGGGGCUCCAUUCAAAAGCUGUGCAGCGACGGCUGCUUCAACCAGUUCCGCUCUUCCAAUAAGCUGAACAUGAACAGCUGUGUGAACUGUGGAGGAUUCUGCUACGGCACAGACGCUCAGUGUCCAUCUCUGCGGAUGGAGGACAGAGUUAUGAAGUUCUGCAGCCAAACAUGCCUUACAGCUUACAAAAAGAGGAGCCUGAAACUUGUCACCUGUAAGACGUGUCAUGCCCUGAGGCCUGCAGAAGAUGCGCUGGACAGUCCAAACGCAGAGGGAAUCCGGGAGCUUUUCUGCUCUGUCUCCUGUGUCACUGCGAGUAAAGAUCAGACUGUCGGUUUGUCAGCUGCUCCAGUGGAAUGCAACAACUGCAAGAUGAAAUUAGUGCCUCAGUACCACAUAGCCAUGUCUGAAGGAUCCGUUCAAAACUUCUGCACGUCCUGCGUAGUAGCAUAUCAGGAGUCCUUGAAUAAUAACAAAGCUAACACACAGGUGAACACCGUGACCUCUACAAGCAGCAACACAACUACAGCAAAAGCUGCUCCCACCAAACCUGCUUCAUCAGACUCCAGCUCAUCAGCCAAGACUAGCACCCCUAGUGGUCAAGGCCAAAGCGUCACUAAAAUCCCCUGCUGUCAAUGUCUGAAUGCCUUCUUCCACAAGCCAGAACUGAUGGAGUAUAAGAGGAAAAUGUAUGCAUUCUGCGGUAACGAUUGCAUCGAUGAGUUCAGAAAGGUCAACCGUGUGGUGGCUCGCUGUGAAAACUGCAACCUCAAUAAAAGAGUCAAAGUCGUGAGAAGGAUAAACAGAGUUGACCGUUCCUUCUGCGAUGAGAAAUGCAGGUCACUCUUCGAGCAAAACCUGGUGAAGCGUUGGGGGACGAAACACUGUAGCAACUGUUUCCACUGUAACAGCACUUCUAAGACUGUAGUGACAGAAGUCUUUAAUGGCAAGCAGGAGGAGUUCUGUGGGAGCGAUUGCUUGUCACAACAUAAUUUACUGAUCCGUCAGGAAAUAAAGUGCUCAAUGUGCAGGCAGAUCAAGAAGAUGAACGAGUCUGUGAAAUGGCUGGGAGAGAUGAAGCACUUCUGCAGCCUGCGGUGCCUGAUGUUUUUCUGCAGUCUGCAGGGCAUCACUGGAGCCGUCAUCAAGGCAACAAGCAAAUCUCUGACCACACAGUGUGCAAAGCCAAUGUCAUCUGCAGUCCAGCAAAACACUAAAGAGGCCACGCCGGUCAUUGCCAGUGUCGUUUCACUUUCAGGAGCAUCCAGCAAACAGCCAGGCGUUUCAGGAAACACAAACACGAAAGGCUCUGUUCAAGCAGAUGUGACCGUAAAACAUAAACGUGAUCUGAGAUCCCAGAUCCUAAAGAACAAAUCCCCAAGCAAAAACAAAUCCACAACCUGUAAACCCCACACCGCUGAUGCUGGGAUACAGAUAGAUGAGACACCGAAAGUGAUAGUGCUGCCUGUUCCGGUGCCAGUCUAUGUGCCGGUUCCCAUGAAUCUCUACUCUCAAUAUGUUCCAAAGUCUGUUGGGAUGCCCCUUCCGGUACCAGUACCCUUGUUCUUCCCCACGACUCUGGACAGCGCCGAACACAUUGUACAGACCAUUCAGGAAAUCAAAGAGAAGAUCCCUGAUGAUCCUCUGGAGGCCGACCUCAUCAUGAUGGCGGAGAUGGUGGCGGAGGAUGCAGAGAAGGAGAAACACAUCAGCUCCUGUGAUCAGACUGAUAACAUUAUGGAGGAUCUCGAUUUGCAAGAUCUUUCCAGUAAUCUGAGCUGGGAGGAGGAUCCUGUGUCUCCUGCUCAAAUUUUGGAUCAAACCCCAGAGCCUGAGCCACCACCACCACCUCCUGCUCCUGCUUCUACUCCUACUCCUACUUUAGCUCCUGCUCCUGCGCCAUCAUCCAGAUCUGCCACAAUGACACUUGUCUCCACCAAAGCAGGGGAGCCACUGAUGGACUUGGAGGCAGAUUUCCCAAUUGAGACCAUUGCGCUUCUCCGAGAGCAAAUGGAAAAUGAUUCUGGAAAACGGAGAUCUUGCAAGAAAGUACCUGAUGGCUUAUCUCAGAAGAAACGGGGUCGUAAGUGUGCAUCCGUUCCUUCAAACAUCCUCUCCAAACUUCAACACGAGUACGGCGUCAAGGCCUGGAGGGACUGGGUGCGCUGGAGAAACGCCCAACCCAACAUGGAUGCUCCCAAAUUUGGCUCGCGCAGUAUGACACUAAAGGAGGACGUGUUGAAGUGUUGCACGGCAGAAUUAAGCUACGGUCUCUGUAAGUUCAUUACUGAUGUCCGCCGACCCAAUGGAGAGAAAUACAGUCCUGACAGCAUCUAUUACCUCUGCUUGGGCAUCCAGCAGUACCUGUUUGAGAACAAUAGGAUGGAGAACAUUUUCUCAGACGUUUUCUACACUAAAUUCUGCUGCGAAAUGAGCAACGUACUCAAGGGGUGGAAACCAACUAUUCUGCCUAGUGGUUAUGUUCACUCUCGUGUGGAAGAGGAGUAUCUGUGGAACUGUAAGCAGCUCGGGGCCUUUUCACCCGGCGUUCUGCUUAACACUUUAAUCUAUUUCUUCACAAAGUACUUCAACUACAGGACCGUGGAGCAGCACCGUCUCCCCGCUCACGUCAAACGUUACACUCGUGGGCCAGCCAAUAGUAAAGUGUCCUUUCUGCGUUUCUACCCACCAAAAGAAGACACAAGUGAUGAUGGCGUCCCUGUAAAGAAAAGAAAGAAGGACGAUGAAAGGCAAAGGGUGCUGAAGAUAGGGCAGAAUUCAGAUAAUCCUCUCCAUUGUCCCGUCAGGCUUUACGAAUUUUAUCUCUCCAAAUGCUCGCCAGGCAUUAGGCAUCACGCGACCAAGUUUUACCUUAGCCCCGAGCGCUCCUGUGUUCCCAGCAGCCCUACGUGGUUCUCCAUCAGUGCUCUGAGCGACGAGGCUCUGGACAGCAUGUUAUCCCGCCUCCUCACAGUCAGAGAGCUUCAUAUGGAGACAGAGCAAACAACCGCUGACACCGAUUCAGACAGCGACUCUGACUACAAUCAGUUUUAAGACCACAAAACAGAGCACGUCCUCUGAAGUUGUUCUGGAAAGCAAGCGGUUUGUUAUUGUGUCCGUUGUCGUUCAUUCUGUUAUAUAUUACUGGCUCUAGAUACCAAUAUGUCUUGUUCCCCGACAUCUUUCAUUUUUUCAAAGUUUCUCCCGGAUGUCCAGGAUGCUUGAACUCCUCCAGUAGUGGAAGCUGAUCACUCAUUAAACACCAGUGGGAUUAUUGUAAGUCACCACAUUAUGUAUUCUAUCGAUACAUUAAAGACAUUGGCAGCAUCAUUCCAAAAAAACACUAUUUUGACAUUUGCUGUUCUUCAUCGCAAACCAUGUUAGUAUGUAUUGAAUGAAUGUUCCUGAAAUUAUGGAUGUUUUUGUUUUUUUAUGGAUGAUAAAAACACUACGAAACUAA